ACUGAGCAAGGCUGAGGUUUCUCUUUCUCUGGUUAUUUGUGAGUUGUGAGAGUGACGAGUUCUGAACUUCUGAUUACUAACAUGCUGUUUCCUUGUGAAUCAAUCAAAAAUCAAAUCACCAACCAAGACAGUUCUACACCAACCAAGGGAAUUCUAGCAUAUAUGUUUGUUGGGUUUCUUUCCCCCUCUGGUAAAAGACGAAGGAAGGGUGAGAUGGCGGCAUCUGCAAGUGCAGGUGGUGUUGCUGUAGAUAGAGAGGCAUGGAGAGCGCAUGUUGGCAUGGCAAUGGUGCAGCUGUUCAACGGAGGGUAUCACGUCAUCACCAAAGUGGCCCUCAACGUUGGAGUCAACCAGAUCGUCUUCUGCGUCUUCCGAGAUCUCCUCGCCCUCGCCAUCCUCGCCCCCGUCGCCUAUGUCCGUGAAAAGAGGGUUCGACUGCCUGUGACUAAACCGCUCCUCUUGUCAUUCUUCUUUCUUGGCUUAACUGGGAUAUUUGGAAAUCAGCUUUUGUUUCUUAUUGGUCUUAGCUACACGAAUCCCACUUAUGCUGCUGCAAUACAGCCGGCAAUUCCAGUAUUUACAUUUCUCUUCGCAGUUAUGAUGGGUACAGAAAGAGUGAAUUUGUUCCGAACUGAAGGUCAGGUCAAGGUAGUAGGUACUCUAGUCUGUGUUUGUGGAGCUGUAUUGAUGGUACUAUUCCGUGGUCCAUCUGUGUUCGGUUAUAAAGAGACAGAUUUUGUAGCACAUAGUGAAAUAAGUGCCAGGGGGCAACCAGAGCCUGCAGGAUGGUUAGUAUCUAGUUUUCUUCAGUUGGGACUUGACCAUUGGCACGUUGGUGUCCUAUGCUUAAUAGGGAACUGCAUGUGCAUGGCUGCUUUUCUAGCCAUUCAGGCUCCAGUUUUAAAGAAGUAUCCUGCCAGCCUUUCAGUCACAGCAUAUUCGUACUUCUUUGGUGCUGUGUUGAUGGUAAUAACAGGAUUCUUUAUGACCGGUGAAUCGACAGAGUGGAAUUUGACGCAAUCAGAACUUUUCGCAGUCAUCUAUGCGGGAGUUGUAGCGUCUGCCCUUAACUAUGGACUCAUAACAUGGUCCAACAAGAUCUUGGGACCUGCUUUGGUUGCUCUCUACAAUCCACUUCAGCCUGCAGCAUCUGCUUUUCUCUCCAGAAUGUUUCUUGGAAGUCCUAUAUAUCUUGGAAGCAUUUUAGGAGGCAUUCUGAUUAUCGCUGGUCUUUAUUCCGUAACGUGGGCAUCCUAUAGAGAAAGGCAAACAACUGUAGGAAUCAUUCCUCAGACCACUCGGUCCUCCGAACCUCUCAUUCACAAAGAUGCAUCGAGUAACAAGAUUUCUUAUAGAGGGCACAUUUUCUCAGGGUCGUCCUCGCCCAAACCCCUGGAUUAAGCAUAGUUGUGAUGAGAUGGGAUGGUUUUGAUGUACAAGUUGUGGUAGUUCUGUGCAAAUCUAUACCAGCCUUGGUUCAGAGAGAAUAUAAAACAUUAUGUUUUUCCGGUACUCAUUAGAUAAUGACUCUUUACAUAAUCAAUCAAUAGAGGAUAUGAUUCAAUAUUUCACUUGUUCA